GCUAAUUCAACAUGCCGUAUUGCAACAAGGGUAAUGCCUCACCGCCGGUUUCGGAGAGACGCUUGAUCGUACGAGUAAAUUAUAUACAUAUUUAUGUAUGUAUAUGGAGGUUUGCCGGUACUGUAACAUUUUUCGGUCAUCGCACUCGUAGUUGCUCGUCACUCGUUCACGAUGCAGUUUGGUGUUCUCGCUGCAGGCAUAUUUGCCCUCACCACCACGGUCCACGCCACAGCAGGAUAUUCUGCCACGGAAAAAUACUCGCUAUGGAUGGCCCAAAGCCUCAUAUCCCGUAAUGAUGGUAUCAUGAAUGAGUCCUUUUCUUCGGCGCCGCUGCAGGCCGGGUUCACGCAAAAGGCGUUCACGGCUCUCCUCGCCCAGUACCCGGAUGAUGAUAAUGCCAACAUCUAUCGCGACUAUGUUCGGAGUAGCGUUGAUUCGGUGCUGCACUAUUUCGCCAAUGGUAUUGCCACAGCAGAUCUGCAAUAUCCCCUGGACCGGCUCUCCAGCGGCAACGCUCUACUAGACCUUUCCGCGGAUGCGAGCAACCAAACAGCUGCGUCGGCGUACCAAUUGGGCGUCGAAACGCUGCGCUCGAGCAUCGAUGUGAACCGAAGGAAUAGCGUUUUGGGGUUAUGGUAUUAUGUCUAUCCAGAAUGGUCCUAUCUGGAUGGAAUGUACUCGCUUGCACCCUUCUACGCUCGCUACGCCCUUUCCAGAGGCACCAAGGAUGCUGAAGUAAUCACUGCCAUCAACGGCACGGCGGUGGAUGACAUUAUGUACCAACUUGACCUCCUGUGGCAACGUUGCCUAAACAUCACCUCAGGUCUUCUCGCCCAUGGCUACGACGACAGUCGUACGGCUGUGUGGGCAAAUCCCGAAACAGGAGCCAGCCCCAAUGUCUGGGGACGUUCUUUAGGGUGGUACUUCAUGGCUUUGGUUGACACACUGGAAAUCUUGUCAUCCCAGCCUGUGACACAGGGCUACACGAAACAGCUAGGAGAGAGAUAUCGAUCUCUCGCUGCAGCUGUCAUCCAAGCUGUUGACUCCCAAACUGGCGCUUGGUGGCAGGUUGUGGACCAACCGGGCCGCAAAGGGAAUUACAUCGAAUCCAGCGCUAGUUCCAUGUUCACUUAUGGCCUUCUCAAAGGGGUGAGACUGGGUUAUCUGGAAGGCAACGAUGCAGAAUCUUCUAAAACUAUCGGAGUGGGGGCAUAUGAGUACUUGACCAACACGUUCGUGGUAUAUGAGAAUGAAAGAGUUCUUGGAUGGAAUGGGACGGUGACAAUUUGCAGCUUGAAUUCCACUGCAACAUACGAGGUAAGCAUGGAGAAUUCCAUCUCACAUCGAAGCGAAGCUAAUUCUUGAAUAGUACUAUGUUGGGCAACCUCUCAGAUACAACAGUGUUCUUGGUUCGGCGGCCUAUAUUCUCGCUUCGUUGGAGUAUGAGAGUAUUCAAGGGUCGAAUUGAGUCAAAAGCAUCGGAGCACCUAUUCACCCCCCUUCGCACUCAUAACCUUAAGUAAUACCCUUCACCCCAUGUCGUCCGGUACAUGUCUGAGUAACUUAAUGGAAACAUUGGGUGAGAGCUUUACUUGAAGACUGACUAGUCAAACCGCAAAAAACUCAGUUCGUCUGGUUUAUUGUCCGAGGCCGC